AGAUGUUUAACAAAAGCUAUCAUUUAUCAACAAAUUCAUGGGAAGGCAGCUUCAUCUAUUUAUACUCGGUUUAUUCAUUUAUUUGAUAAAGAGAACAAUAAAGAGGAUGAUUUUCCUACACCUCAAGACGUCUUGGAGAAAGCUUUUGAUGAAUUGAAAUCUGCUGGACUGUCAAGUAGAAAGGUUGAAUAUAUCAAAAAUCUAGCAGAAAAGUUUCAAGACAAGACAAUUACACCUGAAAAUUUUCAUAAAAUGACAGAUCAAGAAAUAUCGAACCAACUAUGCUCUGUAAAAGGCAUAGGACAGUGGACAGUAGACAUGUUUUUAAUGCUUGAUUUACGACAUCCAGAUAUAUUACCCCUGGGUGAUUUAGUAGUUAGAAAGGGAAUUGCUGCUCAUUUUGGUAUUUCUGAUGAUGAUAAUGAAAAGAAAAAAACAAAAUUAUUACUCAAUGAAAAACGCAUGAUUGAAUUGACAGAAGUGUGGAGACCUUAUCGAUCUUUAGGCGCAUGGCUUAUGUGGAGAACAGCAAAUACGAAAAUAGUAUAA